GAUGUUAAACAAAUUGCUUUUGCCCAAAAUGGAGAAUGUCUUUCAACUGAAUAUAUAAAUAGCAAAACCCAUUGCUCUAAAGGACAUGAAUUUCUUGCAAGUUUGCAUCAUAUCAAAAUUAGUAACUCUUGGUGCUCAAAAUAUGCAAAAGUAGCUCGUCAUAGUAUCGAGAAAUGUGAGGAUUUAUGUCACAAAAUCAUAACAAAAUAUCUUGGUUCACCUUCACCAAUUCGUAAAUCUGAUUUCUUAAAAACUCCAAAAUACCUAACUGGACUAGAACUCAAUAUCCUAUACUAUGAUUACAGCUUUGUGAUUAAAGUACAAGGUAUACAACAUGAACGUCAAAUCAAAUUCUUUUAUCCAAAUUUUGAAGAUUUUGAGAAAUAG